AUGGGGACUUCACGAUGUCACUCCUUCGAGGAUGCCUCUUCCAUGAGCAAUCAACAUGCGUCGCUCAAAUCAUUUUCCCGGUCCGAAUCCUCACAGGAGGGUGUAUCUAUCAAACUAUACGAAUUUGCAACUAUCAACUUACCUUUCCAUGAGUCUCCAGCCACUUCUCAGAUAUCACUCAGCAUCAGACCCAGCUCCCCCAAUACCCCCAGUACACCACGCUUGACAGAAAAGAAAACAGAAGAUGCGCCAUCUCCUGAGCGAGGCCGUAGUAGAUUGAGAGGAUUUCCAGUUGAGGAAACUACUCGAAUGAAUUUCUCCCCCUCAGUAUCGCCUGAUCGUUUCAUUCCGAAGCGCCAAUUUUCCGAGAUCUCAUCAACAUCAUUUCGUAUAAACAAGCACCCUCACCAACUGUCUCCUGAAGAAAGAAUUCUUCGUCGGCGCUUGCCUGGAGACGAUCCGUUUCUUCCCAGCCGAGCCCAAGCUCCAGCAUUUACAGGACAGAGACCAACGCCCAUUCGACUCCGCCAAAGACCCCUCCAACGACCUCGCUUGGUCGUUGACCCUGCUGAGGUGGGAGGCACCCACCAACUUGACUUCUUGAGGCGAGUCAGCACUGGUGCAGUCUGGGGUGUUGGUGGAACAACUGCGAUGCUCGGAGACCCUUCCAUGGCAUAUUCAAACGGGGCGCCGAGUCUUUCUGGCAGAGGCUCAGCUGCUCCAGCCUAUGUCGCAAAAUUCUUGCCACGAAGUAACAGGGCUGAGGACCGGAACAAGCAUGAAUCAAGACUUGCCUUUGCAUUGAAUAUUGACCCAACUGCUAGACUCCUUGGCACCUGUGUGCCAUGCGCAGAGAACUCACCCAGCCCCUCCUCGCCACAUUAUGAGCGACUCUCGCCUUUUGUGUGGAAAGAUUGCGCCUGGAAAAGAGUGGAAAGGGAUCAGUGGCCAGCUGUUCUUCCCAAGCGAGAAGCUGUUCCUCCAAAGCCUUUUCGGAUCCUGGAUGCCCCAUUCCUUCGAGAUGACUUUUAUUGCACCACACUGGCCUACUCAUUCACAUCUGGCGUGCUAGCUGUUGGACUUGCCAAUCAUGUUUACUUGUGGUCUGAAAGUUCUACAGUAGACCAUCCGCCAUUUAAAGAUGUGCACCCGUCAAACUUUGUGACAUCUCUCUCAUUCUCGUCAGAUAAUGGCGGACGGAGCAUUCUCGCAGUUGGACGGCAAUCUGGUCAGUUGUCUCUUUGGGGCUUCUGUGAAUCCGAUAUUCGCUUCGAACUCAGUCAUCCCAACAGUAUCUCUUGUGUGGCAUUCAAGCCGAGAGUCACCCAAAGACUUUCAGAGAAAUUUGGACAUUUGGAAAUUGACGCGGAGGAGAUUGCAGUUGGCGACGACGUGGGCAACAUCUGGUACUACUCGGUCGAGUGGCCUGAAAACCAGAACAAGCGAGGCUGGAAUGGUUCUAUCACUCUUCUCGCUAAGAUCUCUGCCCAUACUCAGCAAGUAUGUGGCUUAGCCUGGUCUCCUGAUGAGCGGUUUCUCGCUACAGGUGGCAACGACAAUGCCUGUUUACUUUUCGAACUGAUUGAUAUUCUUCCACCGCUGCCAUUGCCCGAUUAUACCCCUCUGCCUGUCAUGCCGACUGGCUCUGAGACCUUGAAUAUCCGCGCGUUUCCACUACUUGGUCUUACCAAUACCCCCCGGCAGUUCUUUAACAGGCGACACUUUGUCAGUCACUUGCUGCCAUCAUGGGUUCAUCCGGCUCCUUUGAGACCCACAGCUGCAGUGCCUCUUCUCAGUCUCACAGGCACCCUCAUUUCAGGAGGUGGACGAACUGUUCUGAUUCCAUAUGAUCGUCAAAAGCACAGACUUCCACAUGCCGCCGCAGUCAAAGCAAUCGCAUUUGCUCCAUGGCAACCCUCCCUCCUGGCGACAGGAGGAGGCUCUAAUGAUCGCGCAAUCCAUUUCUUCCACGCCCGCACCGGUGUCUGUCUCGCGACUAUCAGUGUGUUUGCGCAAGUGACCAGUCUGAUCUGGAGCCAGACUCGGCGCGAGAUUGUAGCGACAUUCGGUUAUGCCCAACCAGAGCAUCCCUUCCGCAUAGCCGUUUUCGCAUGGCCCAGCUGUGCUCAGGUUGCCGUCAUUCCUUGGGGCCCUUCCGGGUCCAGUUGGGAUGGCCCUGAUCACGAUCUCAACUUUGACUGCGGACGAGCAUUAUGGGCAGUCAGCUACCCUGGGCGACCACCUCGUCCCCCAAUUCCCACACAAGAUGAAUCAGACCUUUUCUGUGCAUCGCCCCGACUAACUCCAGUGCCAGGAACCCGCUCGCAAUCACCAGGGCGUGCAAAUAAAUCAGGUGGUCCGCGGCCCAAUGUUCGAAUUGUCCGGCCCAAAGAGAAAGAAGGCGGGAUGUGGUGCCCACGAACCAUGGAAGAAGGAUGCAUUAUUGUUGCAUCAAGCGAUCAGACUGUCAAGUUCCACGAAGUAUGGACAGGUCGUCGCAGGAGUACCGGCUCCGCCAGUGGACUGUUAGGAGGCAGCGAUAUCCUGGAAGGGAUGGAAGGUAUUGAGAAGUCAAGCAGUGAAGUCAUUCGUUAA